AGAUUUUGCAAGCAACCGCUACGUUUGUCUGACUUAGAGCAAAAGCGCCGGUUGGUAAACAAAGAGUUGUAUAUUGAUUACAGAGUUAACCACGAACGAUUAAAUGUUUAGCAGGAGCGGAAGAAACAACAGAGGUGGCCAAGUUUUCGACGAAAAUGGCCAAGACAUGCCAAACCCGAAUCUUCUUAGCCCAAAUUCCUCGAUGAAAAGUCUUGACGUGUCGUCGGCUUCGGACAAUGAAUCGUGGGCGUCUGAAGAUUCUUAUCCCGAAGAGUUACCUUCCCCACCAAUUCAGUGGAAAUCUGAAAUUCCGUUGACACCUGAUCGUCGUCGAAGCUCGAUCAAAAAGCCUCAAUUCCAGCUCGACCCCGUUGCUGUUCAGCUGAAUGAAUUCUACGAGAAUCGCGUCAGGAUAAGCUUGGAACGUAAAGAAAUCUGCGAAGAAAUUGCCUACAACUCAGUGCAUAAAUGCCUUCGAAAAAUACAAAUAGUGGACAACAGAUUCCGCGCAAACAGUUUAGUGUCGCAAGGGAUCCCGUAUGACGGUCUGCAGGCAGAAGAACCCAUUCAGAUGGACAUGCUAGUGCAGCUGUCCCCGGGCACCAGCUCUGCUAUGUACACCGCAUGCGACGAACGCACGGGCGGUAUUCGCCUGCAGCCGAGCUCUGAAGACUACAGUGUUUGGGAAGACUGCAUCACCACUAAUGGUUUUUUAUCAGCUGGAAAGAUCAACUCGCUUUUGCGAAGGUACGUCAAAAAGGCGGUAAAGAUUUUGAACCUUCACAUUAAAGAUAAGUGCGCGGAAAAGCUUCCGAAGCAUCUGAGUAGCAUUGCAGUCGAGAAAGGCCCUGUAAUUCGAUUAACCAUCAACAAGGACAUAUCCGUUGAUAUUCUUCCCGCCUUCGUUAUCCCCGAUUCGCGGACCGAUCCUUCCCGCAGGGACUGUCCCUCAUCCUCUCACGCCGUUUGCAAGCCUCAUAUUCAAAACGAGAUGAUCUGGCGGCUGUCGUUCUACGUGGCGGAGAAAAAUCGUGUGCGUGCUCUUAGCGAUGGUUGUCGCGUUCAGCUUCUGCGGAUUCUAACGGAAAUCAGAGACAACGAGGAUCAGCUCAAAAAACUUUCGUCCUAUCAUGUCAAGACCCUUCUCUUUCACGAAUCCGACAAAUAUCCGGACUUUCACGAAUGGAGUGCCGACAAAAUCACACAGCGGUUUUUUGGCCUCUUGGAGCGCCUCAAGAAAGCGUUGAAGGACGGCAACCUACCACACUAUUACAUGCAGCCGCCAGAUUUUGAGCCGGUGAAUUUAUUCGCCGAUCUGGACGGCAAAACUUUGUCGGACAUGUUAGAUGUUGUUGAAGAUAUUAUGGCAAAUCCCUUGGACAUACUUAGCACUGUUGGACGAAAGAGAAGGCAGACGAUGUGGCCAUGGGAGAUGGGACUGUUUUUGCCUGCCGGACUGGCCUCGUAAAUCGGGUAAGGUUCUUUUCAAAUAUUACUCUUUGUCAAAACAUAUCAUAAAACUGCUAACAGUUAGAAAGUAUGGUCAGUAAGAAUUUUUUCUUCAUUUAGUUCUUACGUAAAAAAUUAAAGUAAAAUAUGAAACUCUCCUAGCACAACCCCGAAGAAAAGUGCAAUCGUUGUUUCUUAUUUGAGCAUUACCACCUCAGAGUACUGUAGUUCGCGGCGAAGUUAACAUUAGUCAAUACCCACCAGUCCGAAUAAAUCAAACUCUGCUUAUCCCUUUUACAGACUAUCCUUAUGACUUGAUUUUCGCUGUGUCCGUUAUGUAGUUUGCAAGUAUUUUUCCGUGUAACCAUUAAAUUGUAAUAAAUAAAUAAUAAAUAAACAGAUAAACAUAAAAAAGAACGCCAUACGAUGACUGAAAUUCAUCAAGCCAGUAUUACAUCUUUAGAACAUCGUUUUAACUAAAAUUUUGCUACGUUGACCUAAAAUGAAACUGAGAGUAGUGCCUUAGUAAUAUAAUAGAAUUCGUUGCUUUUCAUUAACGAUAAUUGAUAUUGAUCAACUUUGGAGCAGUUUCCAUCAAGUGAACUGUUAUUUACAAAAUACCCAACUAAAAAAACCCGGACGAAAUUUUUCUGGUUAAUAGCAUAAACACAGUGUACUACAGCAAGGAAGCUUUUCACUUUUUAGAAAUGUUCAUUCAUUUUCAUCUCCGCCUAACCUCAAGGUUAGAAUUAGCAACAAGAGAUUUUACACGAGGUAAAUUAAGCUCUUGCCAUAUCGUAUCAGACUUGACCUUUUAUCACUUAAAACAACAUAAAACCCGUAAAAGAAAAUAAGUCAUUAAUUACGUUUAUUGUUUUUCUAAAAUAAUCUUUCGCUCUACAGUCGCGAAGCCGAAGGCAAUUAGAAUAUCCUCGUAAUCACUUUAAUUUGAAAUUUCUUGUUAGCUUCUCAUUUAAGAAAUACGUUAGUGAUUAGCAGUUAAAAUGUGCAUUUUGAUGACAAAAUCGAGCAAUUAGAAAAGCUAUUAUGAUACGUUUAAAAGCUGUUUAAAGGACACAUGUUUUUGUCAUCAAAUGCGGCAUUUUGGUUUAUAAAUUUGGGAAAUUUAGCAUUAGCGUAAUUUGUACGAGUAAAGAGAAAAGAGAAGUAAAAAAUUCAUACGUAAUUUGCCAAUUGUGCCACCUAAUUAAUGAACGAUUGUUACUACAUUUCAAAGUACAACUUUUGUGACAAGGAGUUCCAAUAUUGAAGCAGCACCAGUCAGACAAGUCCAAUAUCUUUAGUUUGCUUAGAAAACAAAAUAAAGAAUAACCCUAAUUGACUUAAAAUUUUUGACAUAAGUGGCAUAUUUCUCUGAUAUGGAAUUCAAAAAAUGGGAUUUUUGACAAAAGGUUUCUUUCAUAAAUUUUGGCCAAAGGUCUGUGCAAUCUGUGUCUCUUUAUGCAGACAGGCAAAUGUAUAAAGCUAUUUCGAGAAGAAAAAUGUGCACGCGACAAUCCAGAAAUGUAAUAUGUGAUAUGAUCAAUACACUGCCCCUGACACUGUAGCUGUCGAACCUACAUUUGUUGCUUUCCUUUAGCACUCACAAACAUAUGUCCAUGGCCUCUCGUGCCAUUAAUCCAAAUUUCUUUGAAGAACAGUGAACUUCGAAACCACCCACGAUACCUUUCGGGAUUGUCUCUGCACUUUUUCCGACAACCUUUUUCAAAAUAGCUGUACAUGUACUGCAACAAAGUGCUUCUCUCUGUGGUUGGCGUCACAAACGUUCUAUUUGCUUGUCACAUGGUCACGCAAUUUUCAUCUGCAGUAACGCCAGUUAUGUCUUUACCACCGGUCAUGCACACAAUUGAAAAAAUUGAACGGGCUUCAACUUUUUUGUGGUUUAUUAUACUAUGCAAGAUGGUUGUACUGGACACUGCGGAUUGUACAAGUUUGGGUCUAUAUGACCUUGAGGUUAUACAGUGAGGUUCUAUAUACAGUAAUACUUUUACAACUCUUUACAAUUUAAACAUAGAUACUUUUUUCUCAGUUUAUUAAUUUAGUCUUGGGCUCUGACACCUCUUGUACAAACUACUUCACUACUUAGUUUUUCUACACAUUACUCUAUUCUAAUUUUCUCUGGUAUUUUUUUUAUCUUUUCAGAAAUUCGAAAAGACACAUCACAAUGGCUGAAAUGAAGACCUCAGUCUAGUAACAGAGAGUGACGCAGUCAAAGCUGGUAUUUACACCACUAAAUGAACAAAGGAUUUUAUUUCUCAUGGACUAUUUGUAAAGAAACACAACAUAGAAUAACUAGUUGCACUGAUAGUGUAGUCAACACAGAGAGGUGGAAUAGUGAACACUUUGCUGAAAACAUUAAAAAAACAUCCCUUAGUAAGCAACUUACUGAAACCUCUAUUUAUUGUUCAGACAAGUCCAGUCCAUCCCUCCUGCUCAAAAUCUGUCAGGCCUAUUAAGGCUGAAUAAAGAGUGCAAUCUGUUUCCAUAACCUGCCGUUUGCUUUAAAAGGCUGUUUAAGAAAUGUAUCCUUCCCUUCAAAAUAUUUUCAAGAGGUUAUGGUAGCAGUUACCACGUGGGAAAGCAUUCUUAAAACAAAAGUCAUGAAAGGUGGUAUUCCUCAUAAGCCAAACAUUUUACUUCAGGAUUUAUGAAGAAGAAAAUAUAUAUUUUUAAAUGCCUGAAAGAAUGGAUCAGUAUAAUUCCGGGAAAAUGCUCACCCACCCCUUCCCAAACUUAGCAUUUUCUUCCAGAGUUAGUGUCAACAUUAGAUUAGGGGGGAGGGGGAAGGGCAGCUUCCCAAAAUCCUAAACGUCAAAAGAAUAAGUAAAUAGCUAGUCUGCGAAUACAGCCAUCAUUCCACACUCAUUGCUACUAGAGAU